GGUCGCGUCUACCUACAGAGAUAGAGAUUCAAUUAACGCGUCUAUUCAUAUACAAGCAAGAGAAUACUGACAAGACCUGACGCAACCACCACAAACCCACCAGAGAAAAGAAACAGUACUUGGACUUUCUCCUGGCUACGAAUAAGGACGUCUGGUUUUGUCCCAGUUUGUGAUUUACCUGGCUAUAGGGAAAGGGCAAGUGCAACAGGAAGCAGACUCUACAUACAUGGAAUGAACAUUCACACCGUCAAUACAAUUUCUAUACACUACUUGCACACUAGAGGUGUAGAACAAUAGCAGUGUUCACUUCUAUUCAUUUACCAAGCAGAGAUUACUUGAAAUUUGAUCAAUUCAGUGUAUCCAUUCACUAAGCAGAGGAUAGGGCAAGUAAGUCAUGAAAAUAUACCUUGCAUAGGAAGGAAUAUUUGGUAUACGAUUGCUGCAUACAUCAAAAGCUUAUUGUCCCAGAUAUAUGACCAACUAAAAUUUCCUGCUGUCUUUUGCAGGGCCAGGAGGUAUCACUGCUAGGAAUAUAAUCUGUGAAGUGUUAUUGUGAAGCUGGCACGAAGGGUCUCUCGAAGCAGCAUUCAAGAAUGGACAAUAUGCAAAACGUCGACAAAAUGGAAGAGACAGCUAAGCCUGAGGUGGCCAUUCCCACAGGCUUUCAGACUAUUGAGCAGAUUAAGAAUUUCGAAAUCCUACCAGGUGGAGUUAUAAAGCCACAAUUUGUCAAUGUAAUAGGAUUUGUGAUGGAUUAUCAACCUCCUAUCAAAACCAGAGGAACAGACUUCAAAUGCAGUUUUCAGAUCAAAGAUUAUUCCUCGCGAUUUGAGCGCUUCGGCUUGAGGAUGAGUGUUUUUUCAACGGAGGAUAAAAUGCCACAAAUCCACAAGCCAAAGGAUGCUAUGCUUAUCCGUAGUGCAAAGAUUCAAUUGCGUAAUGGGGAAAUACAGUUACUAUCUCAUUUUAGUACCGAAUACCAUAUACUCCGUACUGAACAUAUCCCUAAAGCUGUUUUCCCCAUCAUCAAAGCUUCGUGGAUUUCAACGCCGCCAGCAAGAUGCCGACGUCCAGAACCAAUUGAGACUAAGUAUGUGGUAUGGUCAAAUCAACAUCUUGAUGAAGUUGAGUUUCCUGGUACCCAAGAGUUUCAGGAAAAAGCAAACAAUGCUUUACAGGUUAAGGAUAAGUUUAGUCUACUUAAAGAUGUCAAAGACGGCUCGUUUCACGACAUCAUAGGCGAAGUGAGAAAGAUUUAUGGAGCUAAUAACGAUAUGGUCACCGUUUACUUUACCGACUACACAGCUCACACGAACUUUUACAACUAUACACUGCCGGGACUAUCGAGUGUCGUGACGGAUGGUCGCGAUGGCGAUGAAUACGGAUAUAUCAAAGCAAAGCCCAAAAACGAAGCAAAAGAAUGGAAAGGUCCAUUCGGGAAACUGACUAUUCAGCUCACACUAUUCGACGCCCAUGCCAUGUUCAUUCGAGAGGAAAAUAUUAAGGAAGGCCAGUGGCUCCGCUUGACUAAUGUACAGUUUAAAUCGGGCAAUGCAGGUCUCAUGGAGGGUAAGCUUCGUGGUGAUCGAGGAGCAUCUGAUGGUAAAGUGCAAGUCGAGAUCAUGAAAACUUCUGAAGAUCCUCAGAACAAUGAUCCCAGAUGGAAAGAUUGUCUUCGACGAAAGCGUGAUUGGACCAAAAAGCACGAAAAGGAAAGAAAGAGACUUCAAGAAGAAAUUUCAGGGGCAGGAAUCAAGCGUAAAGCAGAGGGAGAGCCGAGCGGUAAAAAUUCUAAAGCACGAAGAAAAGAAUCCCGAGCCAGAGGAGAUGCCAAAACUGGUUCUAGCGAGAUGAAAGCUGUUAAAAAUCUUGAUUUAAACGAAAAUGUGAUGUUACAUUCCUCUGGGACUGCAAGGGACAUAAUGCCAUUAUCAAGUAUUCUGCAGCGCACAUCGCCCAUCUCUUCAGAUCCGAAAUUCGUGGGAAUCAAUGCACCCUUUGAGAACAAUAUCUACAAAGCAAAUAUUCGGGUUGUAGAUUACUUACCUCACAACAUUGCUGACUUUGCAGUUGGUCGUAAAAUCAGCGAGUUUGACGCAUUAUCUGAUUAUAGUGGUGACGAAGACGAAGAUCCAAAGGAAGAUAUGCAAAGUUUCCGCGAAGGCAAAGGUUACGUAGAAAGGAAAUGGGAAUGGUUUUUCUCGCUUGUAGUGGAAGAUGCAAAUCCAAAUGCUUCCAAAGAGAGAGCUAUUCUUAGGAUUGAGAAUUAUGAUGCGCAGAUGUUGCUCAAUCUUCAGGGCGAUGCUUGCAACCUACGAACAAACCCAGGAAUGCUCGCAGAUCUUAAAGAAACACUCUUUAAGCUCUGGGGAGAUUUGGAAGAGCAAAAAUCUGCUCUGCUUUUGCAGAAAGCUCGCGAAAAAUCAGGAGCAGAAAAGGUAGCGCCCGAGGCUUCCAGGGCUACAGAUUCAGAAUCUGAAGACGAAGGAAAUAAUCUUCGAAGUACUAAUCAUAGUCUUCCAGUGGAUUCAGAGGAUGAAGCCGACGAGCCAACCCGACAAAAGCAAACCAAAGGCUCUGAGAGACAUGACGUGCUUGAGACAGAUGCCAAUAUCGAAGUUGAAAAGCAGGCCGAACAGGUGGAAAUUCCACAAGAACUUCAGCCCAAAAACAAGCCUUUUGAGUGCUAUAUAAAAGAAUAUGGUAUCAAAGUGAAGGAAGAAGACCCGUUAAAGGCGAAUGCCGGUAGCGGAAAGAGGUGGCUGAGGGUGUUUGGACUGUGCUAUACUAUAAUUCGUUAAUGGACGGCCUUGGGAUUCAAAUGUGCGAUAAUCGAAUGUAGUAUAAUAUGUAUGACCAAGAGCAUGAGCUUUUCAUAUUAUGACACCGUAUAGUUUAUUGGUUGAUGUGGUCAAUUCGGAAUGUGAUAGGUUGGAUAACCCUAGUUUGACGAUCUGGACCUAAGUCAGGUCAUGUAAAGAUCUAUACUCUGUAGGGAUAUUCGAACUGAAUACAUCAGAAUUGCACGCCCAUUUCGGCAUUGAGUCCGUCUUCUGUCAGCUUUCUCUGCUGUUCUUGUUACAUAAAUCUAUAUGCAACGGCGAAUAGUAUGGCAGCCCAAUCCACUGUCGUCAUUACCAUUCUUCGAAAAUAAAUUAUGGACAUUCA